ACCCGCAAAAAUUAAGAAAAAAAAAAAAAGACAGAGAACCGGAAAACCCCUAGGGUUUUCUGCACAAAAGAUUCCACACCACACACUCCAGUCUUCACCAAAAAUGGUGAAUCCUCCUCCUGACCCUGACCGACUCCAACGACAACCCUUAGUCAAAGGAACCCCAGUCGAGGUAACAAGCGACGAGGAAGGCUUUCGAGGUGCUUGGUACUUGGCUACAAUUCUUGAAUCCCCUUCCAAAUCAACUUCCAAGAAACGCAAGAAGGCCUUGGUUAAGCACAGGACUUUACUCGCCAAAGACGGCUCAUCCCCCUUGACAGAAUACGUCGAUCCCGCUUUUAUACGGCCUUUGCCACCUAAUGAGAAGGAGGAUGCUCAGUUGGGUUUUGAGGUUAACGACAUCGUUGAUGGGAGUUAUAGAGACGGUUGGUGGACAGGGGUUGUGAGAAAGGUUUUGGAAAAGUUGAAAUAUAGGGUUUAUUUUGAUAAUCCACCUGAUGUUAUUGAGUUUGAGAGGAAAGAUUUGAGGGUUCAUUGGGAUUGGAUCGAUGGCAAAUGGGUUCGAGCUGAAAAGCAGCAAUCAACAGGCUCCAUUUUUAGCUCAGGGACAGCGGUGGAGAUAAAUAUUGACAAAGAAACCUUACGUGAUGUUUGGUUCCCUGCGAUAGUUGUAAAAGAAAAUGGGGAGAAUACAUUCUUGGUGAAGUAUCAAAGCUCUAAGAACGAGGAUGAGUCUGGGUCAGUAAAAGUUGUUGUAGAUUACCUCCACAUCAGACCCACUCCUCCUCGUUAUGCAGUUAGAAAUUAUGAAUUGCUGGAAAGAGUGGAUGCAAUAUAUAAUUCUGGUUGGCGAAGUGGAGUAAUUACCAAAGUUCUUACUGGAAGAAGGUACAAUGUCUUUUUUAAGCAUGGAAAUGAGGACAAGGAACUUAGUCACUCAGAUAUGAGGCCUAAUGUUGAAUGGAUUGAUGGCAAAUGGGUUAGUAAAUCCAAGGAAGUUCUAAUUGCUUCUGAUGAUCAAGAGCAGAUGCAAAAUGCUCUCCCUGAUAUCCACAACAUGGAGGUGGCUGGAGAAGUUGAAAGUUCGUUUUCUAGAAGGGAUAACACUGAAGAUAAGACUCCUUUGACUAAGAUAAGCAAGAAUUCUAUGGAGCAGCCUACUCCUGCUGAUGAAAACAAUGCUUUGCUCUCAAGCAAGAAGGUCAAACUGGAAACAUCCGAUGGUAACACUUCCCGCUCACAGCUUUUGAAAAAGCUAACUGAAGGAAACACAGUGGAGACACCAUUAUUGCUCACAGGCAAUAGGUUAAAAGAUAUGCCUAUUAAAAUGUCUUGUAAAGAAGGGACUCCAAGGACUGGAGGUACAGGAACUAGAUUCACGAAGAAAAUUGUGAUUGGUGAUCAGCCUUGUACUAGGAGUGAGGGCACUUUAACAGGAGCCACAACUCAAACUGCUUCGAAUAACUGCCUUUUCUGUCAACAUCACCAUUUUAAUUGGACGACUAAGAGGCAGAAAGUUGGUUCAGUUGAAAAUAUAACGCAUGACCUUGUGAAAAGGAAUGAAAGAGUUAGACGGUCACCAAGUAUAGGCCUGCGGGUUUUGAUAGCAGGCAAGGGGGGAACUACAGUGACUGCAGAAGAAAUUAAUAGAGGAGAGAUUCAUAAUGAGGAAUCUCUAAAGCCAACGGAGGAUCAAAAGAAUGUAAAUGACCCAAUAAGAAAAGAGGACAUGGAGCAUAAAGUUGGAGCAAGGAAUCAGAACAGAAAGAGGGGAAGACCACGUAAAUCAGUAGUUACAAGUCCAAAGGCUUUUGAUGCUGGUAAGGAGCAAAAUGGGGCUGGAGGUCUUGCUGAUGAAAAAGCUUUAAAAGAUUGUGUGAUUAAAGAAGCUGAUUUGUCAAAACAUAAACGAGCAGAGCUGGCAGAUGCAUUUAAAGGAAGGACAACCGAUGGUUACAAAACAAAAGAGGUUCACUUGGCCAUUGCUGGGAUUUCCAAUGUGGCUGAUGAGGAUCAACCUCUGUCAACAUGGAUAGGAGGAAUCCACUCUUCAGGUGAUGAAGAAUCAAGACUUUCCUCUGCUAGGCUUGUCAAUGGAUGGAAGGAGGAAAGAGGACUGGUUGAUGUUCCAGUAGAAUCUCUUGCAAUUGAUGCCAGAGGUAGAAGUCCAUUAUCGGAUGAUAAUCGGAGUUUGCCUUUUGUUAAGAAAUCACCUGUCUGGCGAACAAUUGAAUCUAUGGAUGUCUUCCAAAUUGUGCCCCAAAAACCGCAUUUUCAACCUUUGACCCAAAACAGGGAGGAGUUUCGUGAAGGAUCUGCAAUUGGUAUAAUGGUAACCUUUGCUGGUUUGUUCGAGAAGAUAUCCAUGUUACAUUUUGGUGAUCCUAGGAAUACAUUUGUAAGCAUCUUGGAAAGUCUUAAUGACUUGGAAAAGCACGGAUUUGAUGUUACUUUGCUUCGACAUCGGUUGAAUGAAUUACUAUCAAUCAAAGAAGCGCAAGGACAGCAUCUAGAGGAUAGAAAAAAUGCUGAAAGGGAGAUAAUUGAGAAUACAAAGGAGAUAACUAAGUUUGAUGAAGAGAUGGAAGAGAUUGAAAAGAAGAUUACUCAGUUACAAGAACGACAUACUGCCAUAAAGUCGGAGAAGGAGACUAAGAAUCUUAAAAUUUCUAGUUUGAAGUUGCAUGUUGCUGUUCUAAAUGAACUUAUUCAGAAUACGUCACAUGAUUUUAAAAAAGUAGCUAAUGCCCCUUGGAAGUUGCCAUGAUAUAUGGUGCGCUAGUCAUGGUUUCUUGUUCAUAACAGACUCAAGGAGCACAGGUGACAAUUAUCGUUAAAAUAUGUGGAUUAAACUGUAGUGGUUAGGAUAGGUGGGUAGGGUCGUUUUGAUUCUUGUAUCUGAAUGUAUUAAUUGUUUCAUGCACGUAACAUAUGGUCUUAGGAGUCAUGUAUGUUAAGUAAUGGGUCUUUUUUGGAGUCAAAAUAUGGACCUGCUUUCCUAGACUAGAAAUAGUGAAAAUGUGGAGUACUAACUUUUGUGGAACCCUUUGUUGAUGUCCUAACAGAUUUUUUUUUUUUUUGGCAUAUUGCUGCUGCAACUGCACUUAAAGAAGUGAAGCUUAUUCACUUGUGAUGGGAGUACGUAAAUUAUCUUUAACUACUAAUGA